CCAGCGGCGUCCUCCCCGGCUCCUUCCCUCCCUCAUCCGGGUCCUGGGCGAGCGGGCGCCGUGCGCGUGUCCCGCGGCCGAGCUGCUAAUAAAGUUGCACUGAGGGGAAACGCGGCGACGGCGCCGGGGGAGUCCGUCCAGCCGGCGGCUGCUGUUAUUACGUGGAGUUUGGAGCCUAAGCUUUGAAAACUCCCAUGUGGCGCCUGUCUUAAGUCGGAGCAUGCUCAGUAGCCAAAACCAGAUUUUGGUUGCAAAAAGAACUGGGGCGAGGAUAGCCCGGGUAUUUGGACGUGUGCCCAAUUCCUAACGAAAUGUUCCAAUUCUGGUUUUGAUGGCAUUGGAGAAUGGAGCUGUAGGCCAUCCUGGAGGAUAGUGGCAGCCUGAGAGAUGAUUUUUAUCUCUAUCAGUCCGAAUAUUCUGGAGAAGAGAGUUAUCUGGAAGGAUAGCACCCAAGAAGGCUGCACAGAGGACUUGAACCAAUGAAAGAAUCUUAUGGCGCUUAUGAAGAUAAAUGUCACUCCUCCCUUUUUAAUUGGAACUUCUGCUUAGAACCUGUAUGUGACUUUUCAUCUGUGAGCUGUUCUUUGAGUGGCCACUGACUUUGAGUUGCAAGAAGGUCUCUGAAGAUUUAUAUCAAAUGACGUCAAUGGCCAGCUUGUUUUCCUUUACUAGUCCAGCAGUAAAGCGAUUGUUGGGCUGGAAGCAAGGUGAUGAAGAGGAGAAAUGGGCAGAAAAAGCAGUCGAUGCUUUGGUGAAAAAGCUAAAAAAGAAAAAGGGUGCCAUGGAAGAACUGGAGAAAGCCUUGAGCAGUCCAGGACAGCCGAGUAAAUGUGUCACUAUUCCCAGAUCUUUAGAUGGACGCCUGCAGGUUUCCCACAGAAAAGGCUUACCCCAUGUUAUAUAUUGUCGUGUUUGGCGCUGGCCUGAUUUGCAGAGUCAUCAUGAGCUAAAGCCAUUGGAUAUUUGUGAAUUUCCUUUUGGAUCUAAGCAGAAAGAAGUUUGUAUCAACCCAUACCACUAUAAGAGAGUGGAGAGUCCAGUCUUACCUCCAGUAUUAGUGCCUCGUCACAAUGAAUUCAAUCCACAACACAGCCUUUUGGUUCAGUUUAGAAACCUGAGCCACAACGAGCCGCACAUGCCACAAAAUGCAACGUUUCCAGAUUCUUUCCACCAGCCCAACAACACUCCUUUUCCCUUAUCUCCAAAUAGCCCUUAUCCCCCUUCCCCUGCUAGCAGCACAUAUCCCAAUUCCCCAGCAAGUUCUGGACCAGGAAGUCCAUUUCAGCUCCCAGCUGAUACUCCUCCUCCUGCCUAUAUGCCACCAGAUGAUCAAAUGGGUCAAGAUAAUUCCCAGCCAAUGGAUACAAGCAAUAAUAUGAUUCCUCAGAUUAUGCCCAGUAUAUCCAGCAGAGACGUUCAGCCUGUUGCCUAUGAAGAGCCCAAACAUUGGUGUUCAAUUGUCUACUAUGAAUUAAACAAUCGUGUUGGGGAGGCUUUUCAUGCAUCUUCUACUAGCGUGUUAGUAGAUGGAUUCACAGACCCUUCGAAUAACAAAAGUAGAUUCUGCUUGGGGUUGUUGUCAAAUGUUAAUCGUAAUUCAACAAUUGAAAACACGAGGCGACAUAUUGGAAAAGGUGUUCAUCUGUACUACGUUGGCGGCGAGGUGUACGCGGAGUGCCUCAGUGACAGCAGCAUAUUUGUUCAGAGUAGGAACUGCAACUUUCAUCAUGGCUUUCACCCUACCACGGUCUGUAAGAUUCCCAGCAGUUGCAGCCUCAAAAUUUUUAACAACCAGGAGUUUGCUCAGCUUCUGGCUCAGUCGGUCAACCAUGGGUUUGAGGCCGUGUAUGAGCUCACCAAAAUGUGUACCAUUCGAAUGAGUUUUGUCAAGGGCUGGGGAGCUGAGUAUCACCGGCAGGAUGUCACCAGCACCCCAUGUUGGAUUGAGAUUCAUCUUCAUGGGCCUCUUCAGUGGCUGGAUAAAGUCCUGACUCAGAUGGGCUCCCCUCUGAACCCCAUAUCUUCCGUCUCAUAGUGCAGAAGUAGUCCUUUCGAUUAUAUUAUUAGUGGACUUGUUUUAAUUUUAGGGAAACUUUCAGUACAGAUAACUGUGAGCUUACAUGGAAAACAGAUAUUACAGCUUAUUUUUUUUCUACAUAAUUGUGACCAAUACAUUUGUAUUUUGUGAUGAAUCUACAUUUGUUUGUUAUCCAUGUUCAUGUGAUUAACUCUCAAAAGUGUUGUAAGAAAUACAAUGUAAGUGUUGUACCCCAGUUCACAAGUUUAGCAUUGAUCUUAAACUGGGUCAUAAUUUUUCCUUCUUGUCCCAUCCAACUUGUUAUUCAAUUUUUUAAAAGUAAUACAUCACAUGAUGACAAAUUAUAAUAGGUAUGCCAUGAAAAGUCUUCCCUUCUCCUCUUAACCCUACAGACGCUCUACUUUUACCAGUUUCUUUGUCCUACCAGUGUGGAGAACGUGUAAUUCAUUGUUUUGUAAAAGCAUAUGGUAGGGGCCGAAAAGAAACUAUGAAAAAACAAACCCGCCCUUUUAUUUGAAGGAACAGUAUGCACUGCUCUAACCAGUCGUGUUCAGUAAAAGCAAAGUGAUGGUUUUCUAGGUGAUGUCAUAAAAUUUACAUUUAAUACAGCUAAAUGUUUGUCAGUCUGUUGUAACUUCACUCAUUAUAUCUUUUGUAAAACAUUUCCUUUUUUAAAAAAAAAUUAUUGUAAACAACAGAUCUUCAGUAUAUGUCAUUUACUCAGAAUCUGUCAUAAGUACUACUUUAUAGCUAGUGACAGUGCACGCACGGCCUUGUUCAGCUUUGCUGCUUUUGGCCAGUGUUGCAGGAACUCUAGUUUUGACAUGCAUUAAUCUUUUAUUUUGCACUUUGAUGGGUGACAGUUUUUAGCGUAACCUUUUGUGAAACACACUCGAGUGACUUGGACUUGGUUGCUCAUCCUUACUUCCUUGGUCCCCUUUUGUAUUAACAGACACUGCAGUUUAUAGAUUUCAGUUGUAGGAGGUUAUACUUUUUCUAGCAUUUGUUGUAUUUUCAACCUAGGUUAUGAGACUGUUAUUCUGUAGCUCCAACUUAAGGUGCCUUUUUAAUUCCCUACCGCUUUAUGGGUGUUACUUACGUUGGAAAAUCAUAUACUUAAUCCCGUUGAUCUUAGUGGCGUCAGUUGCCCUGAGCAAGGAAAGGACCUGUGUACUGUAGCCAGAAGAGCCUCUUCAGUCUGGCCCCCAGUUGAGGCUCCUAGUCUGGUAUUUGAAUGAAUAAGCAGUGGUUGUGGAGAUAGUUGACUUUAAAAUAUUCACAUAUCAAAGACUGCAGACUGUUCUGUCAGUUACUGCAUGCUGGUUUUUUUCGUUUUUUUGCACCUCUGUGGAUGCUAGUCUCCCAGAACACAGUCCUCAAGAGAGGAAAGACAUGAGCCCUCAAAAAUACCCAUUCAAUCUAGUUAUGCUUGAAGUCUCUGGGUAAAGAAUUUUUGACCUCUUUUUCUAGAGAGCAAUUGACACUUUGUUAUGGCAUGAGAACAGAGCCAUUAUUUUGGGGGGGAAAAAAAGACCUGAUUUACCUAUCGGAGAAAGCUAUUUUCUGGUGCCUUUUGAACAUACAUGGAGCCUUGUCAGUCUUCUAUUUAAAAUGGUAGUUUGGCUUGACUUUCUACUUUGCCCUUUCUGCUUUUAAAAGAAAAAAAAUGCAUAUUUUUGAGGAAAGGAGAAUGCAGUUCGUUUUGUUUUCUGUGCCAUUAUUUAUUGCUUUUACAAAGUGCAGCCAGUGGAUGGCUUUAGUUCUUUCAGGUGAGGAACCCUAUGUGUUUCAGCUUGCAGUCCUUUGCUGGGUAAAAGGAUACUUUCUGACCGUCACCUGAGCCUUAAACAUAAGUUUUACAUGACAUGCAUUCUUCAUCUUCCAGAGUUGUGUCAGCCACACGAAAGAGAAUUAUUUGCUUUGUGUUCGAACCUAGCUACUUACAGUAUUCUUUUACUUACCAGGCUUAUGGCACAAUCUUUGGAACAAAUUUAUAGGAGAAAAAACCACCUGGGUUGAAUGACAGAUGCAUGUAAUCAACUUCAGUGGGCUUGAACUGGUGGAAACUAUUUAAUUGUUUAUUGAUGUUUUCAGUUGAGUUAAUUAAAAAUUGUUUUUAUUCAUGUUACGGCCUUUAGAGUUGGCAGGGUUUUAUGUGAUUGGCGUUUUCUGUGUUUUCCCUGAGGAAUUUUAUCUCAUGAAGGGCAGUACUGAAGCUCAUAACUGUUAAGAGUUUCAUGGAAAAGUAUAAGCCUGUUGUAUUUCCUUAAAGUGAUGAACUCUGCAUCUGUGGAUUUUAAGUGAAAAUUGUGUUCAGUGUAGCUGCUUCUCUAAUUCCCGAGGGUGUCCAAAAUCCAUGGAUGGGAAAUAAAAAUUGCCAGUGACCAAUGAGAAGAAGACACUUCUGAAAGAAACCUUUUCAGAAAACUACAGUUUUAAAUUUUUAUUUAAUCUCUAGAAUGGUUUAUAGUCAGAUUUAUGGAAACAUCAACACCACUGGAACAGACACGUUUUAUAGCUUGUUCAAGAUAUCAACGUAUGUGAGCUGAAAAGACUAGAGUCUGGAAAUAAUAAAAUGACAGCCGGUUUGGUAGAUGCAAAAAGAGAAAUAGAAUCAAAAUUAAUCUGAGUAAUGAAUUAAUGCCACAGAAAGAUGAUUGGGGAAAAAAUUAAGAGUUGCCUUUGAUCAGCAUCUCUACAUAACAAAGUAUUAUGGUCUUUUCAGUAUUGCUUGGCUUAAGUUAUGGAAUGUCAACCAGUAGGCAUGUUAUUGAUCUACUGAAGCUAACACUUAUUCUUUACAGAUUAAAGAAGACAUCAAUCAAAAUGUUAAGUCAUAUAUAUCAGAAUAUGAAUCAAUUUUUCACAUUUUAUUGUUAUAUAAGGAAACUGUGGUAAUCGAAUUGGCUGGGUCUCUGAGUUGAAAUCCACAGUAGGAUUCCUAGGUAGUUCAGUGAGCUGUACACCUCAUAGUGCAGAAGGAAGCUGUAGCCCCUUUACACUCCCGUAACAUUCGAGAGUAAAAUAUCCUUUAAGCCAUAAAAUGGUCAGUUAGUGUUCAGAUCUGAGUAAUGAAUUAAUGCCACAGAAGAUGCGAACUGGGGCUCACAUUUAUAAAGCCCUCAAGGGUACCUCCUGUAGUAGUAUUCUGGUGAAGGAGGAGGUUUAUACAAAAAGGAAAAUCCUACCAGUAGCAGAGACCCUCCCAAAAGUCUGAUGUGCCUGCUGAAGCACUGUCUUCUGUUACAGAGAGCAUCUAAUACAUCAGCUUAGAGCAUUUCUUUGUAUUCUCUGUAGUCGUUUGCUCAGCAUUACUUUGGAUUGUUACCACUUUUCCACUUAAAAUAUAUUAAUAUCUUUCGUACUUACUGAAGAAGGAAGGCUCUUCUGAUAAUUUUGAAUUCAGCUUCCAGCGAUGACUUCAGUUUUGGAUCUGUUAACUUUUAAGAGGGUCUGAGCCCCUUCUUUGUCUUAUUAGUUAAAUCCUCACUCACUCUCAGAUAGGAAUAUGAAUAUGUGUCCUCAUUAUACCAAUGGGCUAGAUAAGCAAGGAUCUUUUAAAGAGGUAGCAUGGUGGUUUCGGGCAUGUUUGGUGAUUUUUAUGGGAGGGAGGUUUUCUAAACAUUGGUUUAUGGGUGGUCUCUUGAGGUACUAGCUACGGCAGCUUUAUGGGGGUGAUCUCAGGUGGGAUUUGGGGCAGGUUUUCUUCUCACAGAGGAUGCAUGUAUGGAAAGUGACAAUUCAAGGCAUUUCUUCUGCAUCAACAGUUGUGCCCGCUGGACAGUUCUUUGGAAUUCACUGGAUUACAGUUUAGCAUUUCCUGAUUACCAGAGGUAACAGUAUUUAUCAAGCCUUUGUUAUAUUGGAUGAUUCAUAAUAGAAAUUUAUCUUCUAAAAUACAACUGCGUUAUAACUGAAGUGUUAACCUGAAAUUGGAUGGUCUACAAAAACCAAUAGGAGGGAUUUUACAUAGCAAAAAAAAAAAAAAAUUUUUUUUUUUUUUUUUUUUUUUAAAAAAAGAGCUUAUGGUAUAAUACUUAUGGUAGCAGUUGCUGUAAAACAGGUGAUGGGAUGUUUUGGUGAAAAGAUCCAAGAACAGGAGUCUUCUGUCAUUCAAGGCAGAGUGAAAAAGGUGUGUGUGGUUCUUGCCCAAAUAACUCAAUUCUGAAAAUUCUUGCGAUCAUCAUAAACCGUUGUCCUUUAAGGAUUCAUUUGAAGAUGGUGUUCUUAAAAAGUUCAAAAUUUUGUGUACAGGUAGGUUCUUUUCCUUCAUUAAUAAGUAGUGCCUUAUUGAUACUAGCUGGUAUUAACUAAAAUAAAACUACAGUGAGGCCAAACAAUUCCACAUUCCUUAUAAAAGAAGAAAUUUUUUAGAAUCAGAUUUUCCCUUCUCAUAUCAUUGGAGAUGAUGUUGCUUUGAUUUAUUCAUGAAGUAUUUUAUGUGUAGGGACUCUUGAAGCUAAUAGUUGGGCAAGUGAUUUUCUUAUCCGGUGGGUUAAAAUUGCAUUUUGAAAAUCACUUAUUUUAAAAUUGGUUAGGAUUGUAAUCAGGAAAACUGGAUGUUUGUAUGUACCUGCCCAUCUUAAAAAGGUAUUUCAUAUGCAGAUGAGAAAGAGCCAACCAAUGGCUGCACUAUAGAUCUUCUAUUUGUAUUUGUUCUGCUUCUGUUUAUGUUGUAGAAAAUGAAAUUCUAGCAACAUGCUUCAAUUCUGUUGCCUUUUUGAUACUUAUAAAAAUGUAUUAGGUUUUACUAUAUUGUGCUUUUCAAAGCCAUAACUCUUUAAGAACUUUGUUUUUGCAUAUUGUUUGCUAAUACUUUAUUUUAAUAAAUCUCAAAACCUGC